CAGGUAGGCUGAACAUGCCGUCUAUCGGGUUGAAGCUUUUUUCUUGAUAUCGCAAAAGUUAAUUCAGUUGACUGUAUUGAGACCAGGUGAGAGAUAUGACCGGCUCAUGAUGAUGUCCCUGACUGCUAUUUAUACAAGCCUGCUCUGUUAUCUCUUAGUCUUACCGUGGACUCAGUCUCAAGAAACUGGUCCAUCCUUGAAGACAGGAAGUAAGACAGAAACGUCUACCCUUGGAGGGUCAGUGUUCUUAGAAUGUCAGGUUCUCAACCCUGGCAAUUAUUCAGUUAGCUGGUAUUUCUUGGAACACAAUGUGAGAAUUUCAGAUAACCUAGAUGUUUUGAUAGCAUCUAGACGCUUCAGUGUGGAGCAGCCACAAUAUGCAGGUGUUAGAAGUGAUGGAAAUCACACAGUUUAUUUCUCACUCAACAUUUUUCACUUGAAAUCUUCUGAUCAAGGAACCUAUUACUGUAAGGUGGAAGGAAUGGAUGACAAGAUGAUUUACGAUCUUGUCAUCACAGAUGCCAAACGCCCCACCCCUCCGGUCUCUGUUCCCAUAGCUAAUCAUACAGACUGCUGUAUUAAGGAGAAGGUAUCAGCUGGAUGUUUGCCAAUUUGUGACCGCAGUAAUAUGGAUCCAGGAUUCAACCCUAGCUUGUGUUCUGGAGAUGUUGUGAAGCUCAUUAAAUGUGGCACAGAUGGCCGUAAUCAUGUGAGCUGUUGCCGCCGGCGACAAGUACCUGUCAACUGCCUGGAGUUGUGUUCUUCAUCCAGCCCUACGAUUGGUCCAGACCAGUUCAUAUGUGACCAAUAUGAUGCUCAGAUUAAUGGAUGUUUUAAUGAGGGUCAGGUUACCUUACCAUCGCCACCCCGUGAGGUGACUGCUGCCCCCACUACCAAUGGUGUCAUCGUAGACUGGUUAUCCCCUGAAGAGAACAGCGACCUGGUCACAGGAUACAGAGUGGCUUAUAGAUCCGUAAAGAGGACCUCUCUCACAUUUCAGACAACAGAGGUACUGACAGUGGACUCUCGCUCUAAGCUGGUGCGUGUACCUGUGGGAGGGCGUUACCAGGUGUAUGUGACUGCAAUCAGUCCCCACGGAGCCAGCCAGCCCUCACCUGUCAUAGAAGUGUACGCCGGACCCGAUCCAGAUGUCAACUCCACACAAAAUGUGAAUAUUAGAGAAUGUUGUAAGAAACACCAUGUCCUGUUUGAGUGUGAGGACAAUUUCUGUAACACCCGGGGCUUCAGAGCUCUGGAGAACCUGAAUAUCCACUACUGCCAGACUGAUCUACCCAAUAUAUUCCACUGUAUAGCAGGAGGCCAGGAUCACGCAGGUUGCUGUAGAACACGAGGAUUUCCCGAGCAGUGUAUCCCUCUGUGCUCUGGUCAGAUGAUCAGUUUUAAUGAAACACUCCUGGCCUGCUUAGUCCAGCUGCAAACUGUGGAGGAAUGUCUACAGGAGGGUUUCACUGUGUUACCUGCUGCCCCCCAGAACGUCCGUGUGGAGAGUAUAGGCACAAACUCUGCUGUGCUGGAAUGGGAGCAGGCGUAUGCAGGCACAUCUCCUGUUGACCGGUACAUUGUUCAGUACAGGAUUAGGACACCAACAGGACUGGUACCUUACCAAGAGAUCAUUACGCAGGGGACGUUUGCCAUCCUCUCCCCUCUCCGCCCAGACACGGUUUAUGAUGCCACAAUCACCAGCGAGCAUGGCCGUAUGUCGAGCCCCCCAUCUCCAACCCUCAUCUUCCAAACUUACCCAGAAGAACUUUUCAUCACCAGUUCUCCUGCAGACAAUAGCUCUGAUAUAAUACCUGCCCACCCGGACAUGGAAGAUAUCCUGUUUACAACUUAA